GCCUCAGCCCGACCGCGGCUCUCCCCCUCCAGCUUGAGAGUCUUCUCUCCUCUCUCGCUGCCCUAUUUCUUCUUCUUUUUUCUUGCCUCCUCUUUGCUCCGUCAUCACUUUUUUCUUUGUUCUUUAUCUAUACACGCAGGGCGUGCCUGAUCCAUUCAACCAUGCAGACUGCCGUUCGGAACCCUCGAUUCCCGCCCACAAAGCUAUCCUCAAUGCCACGCAAAAAGGGGCCCCCGUCGGCCCUACGCAUUGACACGCCGGUUGAAAAUCCAACUCUAGCGCUCGCCAUGGGCGAUAGCUCUACGUCGAAUUCGGCCGUCUCCCCCGGCACUUCAGAUUCGGAAUCCUUUGCCUUCCCCCCCACCCAUCAGCCGCGGUCUUUCAGAAACAUGAAGCGACUUUCACUGACUCUACCAUCAGCCCAAUCUUCUGCCAGCUCUUUGCUUUUGCCUCGUCAAGAUCCCCAGACGAGCGCCAUCCUCAACCCCAGCCCGGAUCACCGCAGACGCGCACCUUCUGUGGUAUCACUUCCCGUAACAACUGCUCCUGCUUUACUUCGGGGUGAGGAAGAAGGCUCGCCUUCUGCGCCAUACCUUGAUGGCCCCAUCGAGAUUCUCCCAAAAAUAUGGUUAGGCUCAGAAGAUAACGCCCGUAAUUGGCAGGGACUGAUUGAGCGCGGCAUCAAGUCUGUCCUCAAUGUUGCCAAGGAGGUUUCCACACCCUUUGACACCACAGCGUCUCAAUCUUUGCGCCCGUUCGCUUCGACUCCAAACUUGAGAGAUACUGCCCGGGAGCAACACGAUACCUAUUAUCCUGCUCAUAAACUCACCGGAAGACCUGGUAUGCACUACCUCAAGCUGCAGUGGUCGCAUGGUCAGUCGGACCUCGUUUCCCAUGGUUUCAUAGCGGCUAUGUCAUUCGUCGAUCAAGCACUUGAACGCGGUGACGGCGUGUUGAUCCACUGUCAGUGUGGUAUCUCGCGUUCCGCUACUCUUGUCAUAGGACUUGUUAUGCGAGCCGCGGCUCUGCAUUCACCAAACGUCCCUUCUCAUGUUUGGGAGCUCAAAGGGAUGCAAGGAGCAUAUUCAUAUGUAAAAGAAAAAAGCAAAUGGGUUGGACCCAACAUGUCAUUAAUUUAUCAGCUUUUGGAGUAUGAGCGGACGCUCCGAGGCGAUUCCUCUCCCGCAGACUCUGAGCAGUCCUCCAUACUCGCGGCUGAGGAGGAAUGGGGUCGUCGCCGACAGAUGUUGGAUGAAUUGUCCGAUCAAGAAGAUCAGGAACGCGAAAGCGCGGAAGUUAUGCGGGAAGCGCGGGCCCUUGAUAAAGCGAUGGAAGACCGGAUCGUUGCCCGGAAAUCGUCAAACUCGUCAUUGGGAUCGGGCAUAGGGAUGGGUCCCGCCUGGAAGAGCCGCUAUGGUGAUCGCAAGCGAGCGGGUUCCAUCGGGAGCAACCUGACGUCAAACAGCAUUAUUAGCGAAGAUCUGGUGGAGGAAGAUGAAGAGCAGGAGUUAUUGGGGACCGGUGGUGGAUUUGACGGCACAAGCAUCGACACCACCUCGACCAAACCCGAACCGGUGGAAGGGGUAGGUUCGACUCCAUCCAGUGAUAGUGAAUACGAGAACAAUCAAGGAACACCCAUGGCUUCUCGUAUCGCCCGACGCCCAUCACGUCUUCCUCCAUCAGCACCUGCUACGAAGUCCUCGUUUACAUUGCCCCCUAUCCCAGCUACGGCAUUCAGAUCUUCUUUUGCCUUGCCACCUGUUCCUCAGUCAGCGACCAGAUCUUCUUUCGAUCUACCACCUGUCCCUACAUCUGCAACAAAAUCGUCGUUCGACAUCCCUUACCGAACAUAUUCGCAGAAGCCGAGACGGAGGCCUCCACCCCUUGGACUGCUCCCCCCAGUGCCCCAUUCUCCCAUUGCUGUUGUUGUUGGCGCCACACCUUCGUCAAAUCGGUCCACGCCUGGCAUCACACCACGCGUGCGCACGGAAUCGCGCAAGCCUUCCUUACCCCCUCUCCAUCUGCGCAACUCCCACCAAAAUCUUACGUUAAGCUCUCAGUAUAACGCAAACCAGAACCCUCUUGCGACGCCUUCACAGACGCUGUUCGUUUUCCCGCCCUCGCCCACGCUCACCGCACGCACGCCGUCUGCUAUGAUGCUCACAUCGAACAACUUUCCGGUCCCGUUCCCGUCCACGGCCACGCCUCGCGUGUCCAAGCUCCAGAAGAAUGGGAGAAGCAGGUCUUUCAUCGGGAUCAUGGCGCCCCCCACCCCGACCACCGCGCAUUCUCGAGUGGAUGCACGGGGCUGGUUUGGAGACAAGUGAUCAGCCUUGCCGCGUUCUGACCAUCGGGUAGAUUGCAGGUGGGCGGCACCAGAUAUCAAGCACAGCACAUAUGUAUUUGUUUGUGAUCUUACAUGCGUCACCGCUCUCGAGGACUUUGCCGAUUUAUUUAACUACCCACUGAUGCAGAUGUGUUGGAAGGACAGUUGAUCUUUAUGUGCUUUUUCAUUUUAUUCCAUUCACGCUUUUUACGCUUCAAGCUUCAAUAUUUCAAUUCUCACGCUGUCUUUUGACUUUCGAACUUUUUUUCUUUUAUCUAUAUUUUCUUUGCACCGCUCUGUACGCGUGGACCUUACACUGCAUCCACUUCGCAUUCGCACUUGCAAUGUUGUAUAACAACCAAUCUCACAUCUAUUUUCUCGUACGUUUUUCAUCGCAUCUCCUUCGAUCUUCUCUGCACAUUCUCGGUCUGUAUUUCCUCCAUUGAUUUCAAGUCUCUCCGCUGAGCGGGUUCCAUCGGCUGAAUAGAAUGCUACUACAACUUC